UAUUUACAGGUAACAGAUGCUCAUAUCAUCGAGAAGAAUAUAACUGAAAGUGAAACCCAGAGCAAAAAAUCUACUGAAAAUAACAAUAUUAUUAAUAGUCUUAACAAAACCGAUACUGAACUGAACAAAGAUCAAGAAAAUCCCGAAAACGUACUACUAUUAAAAUGUGAGAAUGAUCAUAACGCUUCCGGAAACUGUACAGAGAAUGCUCCCACGAAAUUGAAGGAGGGACAAGGAAGUGAUACUGUUCUAAAAUAUGUUUAUAAAAAAGAUGAUAAGAUUAAUGUACCCAAAAAGGCUAGUGGUCACCCAGCAAAUAGUUUGAGAAGAAAGAAACGAUCCAUAAACCACACCGACGACGUCAGGUAUGCUGCCACAGCUCCUCUGAUUGUCAAUUACGAAACAUCUCACGGACCCCCUGUCGGAACAUUUGGCAAAAACACCGCUAGUCUCAUUCGUAAUGCAAAUUUAGCAGAUUUUAACAUAAAAACGCUACAUGCCAAUCAACCGGAUAAGAAAAACUUUGAAAUUAGGAAAAAUACUGAAAAAUCCAAUGAAGAUGAUUCGGGAUCGAAAUCGCAAGAAUAUGACUCAAGUAAUGAAAGAGAUGGUAACAGAUACGAUGAAAAAAGAAAUAAACAACAUCAUGACAAUGAAGAUAGUGGAGAAGUGCUUCAAAAUAUAGAAACCAAUGACAACGAUAAUAGAAGUAAAGAAAAAUAUAAAGAUAAUCAUAAUAGUGGAGAACUAAAUGACGAUAUUGACGAUAACUACAAGGAUGAUAGAGAAAAUACUGACCUAUACAACGACAGUGAGGAAAAGACCCACGAAAAAAAAGGUGAUUACAGGAAUGAUGGACAAAGUAGCAAUCGCUACAGAGAUAAUCGUGGUAGUGAAGAACGCGACCACGAAAAAGAUGGUGACUACAGGGAUGAUAGAGGAAGCAGUGAACGCUACAAAGAUAAUCGUGAUAGUGGAGAACGUAGUGAAUAUAGGAAUAAAGAAUCAGAUAGUGAAGAACAGAAUCGUGAAAGAGAUGGAGAAUACAGAAAUGAUAGAGAAAGUAGUGAACGCUACAAGGAUAAUCGUGACAGUGGAGAACAAACUCGCGAAAGAGAUGGUGACUACAGAAAUGAUAGUGAAGAGCGGAAUAACGUAAAAGAUAAUGAAUACAGAAAUGAUAGAGAAAGCAAUGAACAUUACAAAGACAUUCGUGAUAGUGAAGAACGUGGUGAAUAUAGAAACAGAGAACCAACUCCACGUAUUUCUGAAGAAGGUAAUGAAAAUAAUAGAAAAAGCCCUUACAAAGAAAAUAACCACAGAGAUGUAACACAUGAUUUUAAAGAAAAGGACCCACAAGACAGCCGGGAAACAUAUGAAAAUAAUAAAAAAUUCAAAGACCCUUAUCUAGAAAUUAAAGAUAAUGAUGAUUAUAAACUUAAAGAAAAUUACUCUCAUAGCCAAGAGAAAGAUGACAGUCGAGAAAAAAAUUAUCCACAACACGAUAAUGCUCUGUAUCAGCGCACCCAAACAUCCAAAGAUAGUAAUGAAAGUCGUGAACAAAGUGAAGAAUCAAGUUACCCAAAGCAAGAAAGCCGAGAAAAUUAUACUAGCAAAGAUGAUAGCAGCUCACCUUACGUGGAGCCCCGUAAUAACAACUGGGAAAGCAUUAAAAAGGAUGAGUAUCGUAAACGGCAUCAGACAGUGCCUGAAGAAAGUAAUGAAAAUCCAUCGCAUAAAAAUAAUGAUACACCAUAUUUUGAGCCUCCUGAAAAUAUUGAAACUGAACAGGAAGAAGCUAUUAUUGCUAUCAUGAAAAGGAAAAAGCCUCAUAGUAAACCAUUAGAUCAUAAAGAAAAUCUAUUUAAGGAAGAAAUUGAAAAAAUUGUGCCAGUUAAAAUUAAGGAAGUCGAUCUAGCAGAUUUUAGUUAUGAAACCGUUCAUGUGAAUGAUAAAGGAGUUGUAGAGCCAGUAAAAGAUACGCAUGAAGACUAUCAAGCUGCUCCUUCCAUUGCUCCACUUACUACUUUUAAGCCAGCAACUUUAAAAAAGAACAGUGAAGAAUUUUCAAGAACACUAGAUAUUAUACAAAUCCCAUCCAUCCAAAUUGAUGACGUAGAUCUAAGGCCCGUUAUUGAAAUUAACACUGACAAAGAUGACGAUGAAAAUAGUAAAGAAGCUUUGAAAUCAAAUAACGAGGAUACAAGUCUCGAAACCCUUUUAGGAAUAAAUCUUAAUAGCGAUGAAAAGAGUGACAAAAUAGUUGAACAACAAGAUGAUCAAAAAGGUGACGUCAAACAAGAAUUUGAACGAAUCCCUUUGAAUUAUAAUCACGCUAAAAAAGAGGAAGAUCAAAAAGAGAAACCAGUAGACAAUCCUUCGAGCACUACUGCCCCCGCAACAAACGAAGAGACUGAAGACGAUGAGAAUGUCAAUCAAGGAACUGUCGACACAUUAGCACCUAAAGAUACACCCUAUGACGAACACCUAAAUCUCAAAUUCGGUGACGUAACAGUAAAGUUACCUGAAAUUAAACUACCUGAAGAUAUUCUAGCUUACGCCUAUGGGGAUCCACCUUACGAAAAGAAGGAAAAGACUAAAGAUAAAGAACCAAAGAAAGACAAAUUCUUCCGUUAUGACGAACAUGAAUAUAACGAAGAUAAUCCGAGUAGACUUGUGCAUAAAAAUACUCACGACCAUGACGAUCAUGUCCACGACCAUGACGAUAAUAAUGACCACAGUCAUCACCACGACAAUGACGAUGACUAUGGUUAUUACGGAUAUUACGGGAAAGAUAAAAAGAAAGACAAUUACAAGAAGAAAGAAGAAGUAGAAGACGAUAACGAUGAAGAAGAAGAUUUAUAUGAAAAAUUUGUUCGAGAAAGAUUUGGUAAAAGAGGAUCAUUCCACAAAAGAUCUGAAGCACUGACAGAACCGAAACCAGAAAAAGAAAACGAUAGACUUUUCAAAACUUUAGAAAACGUUCUAUUAAAAGCUAAAAACCUUGAAAAAGAAUCUGAAAAGAGUGGAGACCCCAACGCGGGCUAUAUGUGGACCGUGGAGUAUGGACGACCCUUGUAGAGUAAAUUGUUAUUGUAUUAGCCAAAUAUUAAUUUAACGUGUUAUUUAAUUUUUUUAUUGAUUAGAUUAUUCAC